UAUUGAUACAAUUUAUUUUAUUCUACUUUGUAGUAUUUCGGUAAAUUUAGCUUUGCUUUGUUUAUCCCUUAGUUCAGUCUUAAUUUAUAGUUCAGUUUUCAUUUUUUUAUUCUGAAAAAAUGAAAUUUCAAUAAAAUCCAUAAAAUUAAAAAGGAGUCUUUAUGUCUCGUUACCGAGGACCUCGUUUCAAAAAAAUACGCCGUCUGGGGGCUUUACCAGGACUAACUAGUAAAAGACCUAGAUCCGGAAGUGAUCUUAAAAACCAAUUGCGUUCUGGGAAAAGAUCGCAGUAUCGUAUUCGUCUAGAAGAAAAACAGAAAUUGCGUUUUCAUUAUGGUCUGACAGAGCGACAAUUACUUAGAUAUGUGCAUAUCGCUGGAAAAGCUAAAGGGUCAACAGGUCAGGUUUUACUACAAUUACUUGAGAUGCGUUUGGAUAACAUCCUUUUCCGAUUGGGUAUGGCUUCGACCAUUCCUGGAGCCAGGCAAUUAGUUAACCAUAGACAUAUUUUAGUUAAUGGUCGUAUAGUGGAUAUACCAAGUUAUCGUUGUAAACCCAGAGAUAUUAUUACUACGAAGGAUAAACAAAGAUCGAAAGCUCUGAUUCAAAAUUAUAUUGCCUUAUCCCCCCCCGAGGAAUUGCCAAAACAUUUGACUUUUGACUCAUUCCAAUAUAAAGGAGUAGUAAAUCAAAUAAUAGAUAGUAAAUGGAUCGAUUUGAAAAUAAAUGAGUUGUUAGUCGUAGAAUAUUAUUCCCGUCAGACUUGAACCUAACGAAAAUAACAAAGAAAGUUUCAGAGAAUUUUGUCUCUUUUCGCCGAAAUAAAAUAAAUAGAUCUAAGGGCCUUGAUCCGCAUUUUUCUCAUUCACGUAUCACAAAUGGAUCAGCAGUAAGAUUUUUUUGCUCUUUCUUUUUCCGAUAUUUGUAUUUUACGUACCACAGUAAUGUAAUUAGGAAUAGAGAAUUUCUAUCAAAAAAAGGUCAGGUCCUCUUGUUGGGAUGAUGGUAUCAAUUGUUAUUUGAUUUGAUAUAUUGUGUUCAGUAACGUUGGUGAAUUAAGAGAAACGGAAAGAGAGGGAUUCGAACCCUCGGUAAACAAAAGCCUACAUAGCAGUUCCAAUGCUACGCCUUGAACCACUCGGCCAUCUUUCCUACAUAAUCUUAUUAUUGACCAGAAACCGAGUGAAUAGCGAGUCAUUCAUAUUAUUCCAGUAGGUACGACUGAUGAAUGGUUCCAUAGGAAUAAUUCCUUUCAAAUAAAAUUUCCUAUUUCUCAACAACAACUUCUCUCAUCAGCUACCCCAUAGAUCUAGUACAAAUUUAUGAAUCGUCCCAUGGAUUUUUCUAUUUCAAUUGUAUGGCAUGGCGUAUCCAUGUUAUGCAAACAAAAAACAAAAUGGAUGCUUACCUUACUCUACUCUAUUUUUUUUUUAAUGCUUAUUUCAUUCUUUUUCCUCUUUGGAUUAUAACCAAAUCAAAACUUCUCGAGUUAUCAGAAUCCACAAUAAAAUAGGGACAAUUUGAACAAAAGGUACACAUCUUUUUUUAGAAUUAGUCUGUUUUUAUGUUAUUUCGUACUGUACAAUUCCUUUAGUUUGCGAGAUCAUUUACCCCUCGGGGUAAUGAAAAGAAUUAUAGAAUUAGAAUGGAUUGUUAAUUAUGCCUAGAUCUCGGAUAAAUGCAAAUUUUAUUGAUAAGACCUCUUCAAUUGUAGCCAAUAUCUUAUUACGAAUAAUUCCGACAACUUCCGGAGAAAAAAAGGCAUUUACCUAUUACAGAGAUGGGAUGUUGGCUCAAUCCGAAGGAAAUUAUGCGGAAGCUUUACAGAAUUAUUAUGAAGCUACGCGACCAGAAAUUGAUCCCUAUGAUCGAAGUUAUAUACUCUAUAACAUAGGCCUUAUACACACAAGCAACGGAGAGCAUACAAAGGCUUUGGAAUAUUAUUUCCGGGCACUAGAGCGAAACCCAUUCUUACCACAAGCUUUUAAUAAUAUGGCCGUGAUCUGUCAUUACCGGGGAGAACAGGCCAUUCUACAGGGUGAUUCUGAAAUUGCGGAGGCUUGGUUCGAUCAAGCUGCUGAGUAUUGGAAACAAGCUAUAGCGCUUAGUCCAGGUAAUUAUAUUGAAGCACAUAAUUGGUUGAAGAUCACGAGGCGUUUCGAAUAAAACCACUCUCUUUUUUAAUUCAUUAAAA